CAACCCCCCGCCUUCUGCCGUUAUUUUCUGACUACUGUGAGCUGUGCAACUGUGCACUUAAAGAAAAAAAAAAACCAAAACCAAAACCAAAAAGAGACUUCUUCACACUGAACAUUCCUUGUUUUCUUCUUUUCUUUUCUUCAUCAUCUUACAAUACUCUCUUUUUCCCUUUUAAUUCCUUGAUUUUUCAUUGAAGAAGAAGAAGAAGAAGAAGAGGUUGGUGGUGUAUUGGUUGUGUGAAAGAUGGCUUUCUUAGGGACUACUCAGAAGUGCAAGGCUUGUGAGAAGACUGUUUACCCUGUUGAACAGUUGACUGCUGAUAACAAGGCAUAUCACAGGGCUUGCUUCAGAUGUCAUCACUGCAAAGGAACCCUCAAGUUCAGCAACUACAGCUCAUUUGAAGGUGUUUUGUACUGCAAACCUCACUAUGAUCAACUUUUUAAGAUGACGGGAAGUUUGGAUAAAAGUUUCGAAGGUGCACCAAGAGCCAAACCUGAGCGAGCUAAUGGCCAUGAAGUCUACGUUAACAAUAGAGUGUCGAGUGUAUUUGUUGGGACACAAGACAAGUGUGUGAUAUGCAAGAAAACAGUUUACCCGAUCGAAAAGGUUGCGGUUGAUGGUCAAUCAUACCAUAGGCCGUGUUUCAAAUGUGCUCAUGGAGGUUGUGUAAUUAGUCCGUCGAACUAUGUUGCACAUGAAGGUAGGCUUUACUGCAGACACCACCAUUCGCAACUCUUUAAAGCGAAGGGAAACUUUAGCAGGCUCGAAGACAAGCAUGAAGAGGUAAAAGUUAUUGAAACCAAGCAAGAAAACAUAAAUGAUCAUCAAGAACCCGAAAAGAUAAACGAUCAUCAGGAACCCGAAAGCCAGAAUCCUGAAAACAACACAGAAACUGCAGAAAGUGUGUCAGCUUGAGAAUUCUGUUUAGCAAUCUUCCUUUGUACUAUUUUUCGGCACAUUUCAGAGUUUUUUUUUUUAAUUUCUGAGUGUGAAAUAUGAGGGUUUUUUUUUUUUAUUUCUUUGUUUGAGUUGCAAGAGUUGAAGUAAUAAAUGUGUUAUUACUUAGGUGUGGUCUUGAAAUAAAUGUGUUAUUGAACUUGAUACUAGGCCUCCCUUUUUUAAUUUUGGUUUAUACAGAGAAUAUUUUCUGUACGUGACUGUAAAUUUAUAUGAAAGUUGUUGUCAUAGGUUUUGUGAG